GAUGGUGGUAACUCCAGGCAGCAGAGGAGCCAGGUGUGAGCAAUCAACAAACUACCACCUGCAUCAUAUAAAAGCAGUCACCUGUGUUUCAGAGAAGCUGCUGUCUCAACUCACAGGAAGAGCAGGAUACUGAUUAAAGAUGUCUGGCCGUGGGAAAAAAGCUGCACCCAAACCCAAAUCUUCAGUGACCCGGUCCUCCAGGGCUGGGAUCACAUUCCCUGUAGGCCGCAUCCACAGGCUGCUGAGGAAAGGCCGCUAUGCAGCGAGGGUUGGUAACGGCUCUGCAGUCUACCUGGCCGCUGUCCUGGAAUAUCUCUGCGCUGAAAUCCUGGAACUGGCUGGAAAUGCCAGCCGUGACAACAAGAAGAUGCGCAUCGCUCCUCGCCACAUCCUGCUGGCAGUGAAGAAUGAUGAAGAGCUGAACAAACUGCUGGCAGGGGUCACGAUCUCAGAGGGUGGUGUCAUCCCAAACAUCCAGGCUACCCUUCUCCCCAAAAAGACCAAAGGGCCCAAGGAUGAUGUUCCAGCCAAAGAUGUUGAGUCUCAAGACUUUUAAAUGCUAAUCUACUAACUUCGCAAAUUUUAAUAAAGUGUUAUAUUUUUAA